AUGCCACCCAGAACUAACGGUGUAGGCAUUCAGGUGGAGGAUACCAAGAUAUGUGUUGUCAUGGUUGGUCUGCCCGCUCGGGGCAAGAGCUUCAUCGCCCAGAAAGCGCAACGCUAUCUAGGCUGGCUCUCCAUCAAGGCCAAGACCUUCAACGUCGGCAGCUACCGUCGCAAGGAGGACGCCCAUCCCUCGGCGGAUUUCUUUGACUUUCACAACACCGAGGGUGAGCGCAGACGUCGCGCCGCCGCCGAAAAGGCCAUCGAGGACAUGCUCGCCUGGUUCCGCCAGGGUGGUGUCAUCGGCAUCCUGGAUGCCACCAACUCCACCAAGGAGCGCCGCAAGUGGGUUCUCGACAUCUGCACCAAGGAGGGUAUCGAGGUCCUUUUCGUCGAGAGCAAGUGCGACAACGAGAACCUCAUCAUGGCCAACAUUCGUGACGUCAAGACCACCUCGCCCGACUAUCAGGGUCAGGACCCUGAGGAGGCUGCCCUCGACUUUCGCAACCGCAUCCGCAACUACGAGAAGGUCUACAAGACGCUCGACGAGGACGGUGAUGAGAACGAGUACACCUAUCUCAAGAUCAUGGACGUCGGCAAACAGGUCAUUAUCAACCGCAUCCAGGACUACCUCCAGAGUCGCGUCGUCUACUAUCUCAUGAACCUUCACAUCCGGCCCCGCUCCAUCUGGCUGUCGAGACACGGAGAGUCCAUGUACAACCUGGAUGGUCGCAUCGGCGGCGACACCACGCUCUCCCCUCGUGGUGAGCAGUAUGCCCGAAAACUCCCCGAGCUCGUUCGCAAGUCAGUUGGCGAUGACCGUCCUCUGACUGUGUGGACGUCGACGCUCAAGCGUACCAUCGCUACUUCCCGCUUCCUCCCCCCUGACUACAACCAGCUUCAGUGGAAGGCGCUUGACGAGCUUGACUCUGGCGUCUGCGACGGCCUCACUUACCAGGAAAUCAAGGACCGUUUCCCGGAGGACUUUGCCGCUCGUGACGAGGACAAGUACAACUACCGCUACCGCGGCGGUGAAUCGUAUCGCGACGUUGUCAUCCGUCUGGAGCCCAUCAUCAUGGAGCUCGAGCGCAGCGAGGACAUCCUCAUUGUCACGCACCAGGCCGUUUUGCGCUGUAUCUACGCUUACUUCAUGAACAAGAGCCAGGCUGACAGCCCCUGGAUGAACGUGCCCCUGCAUACCCUCAUCAAGCUCACCCCUCGCGCAUACGGAACUGAGGAGGUGCGCUACGAGGCUAACAUCCCGGCGGUCAGCACCUGGCGCGGCAAGGGUUCCACUGCCAAGCACGAGAACCCGACGGCAGAUUGUACGUGA